AUGGACACCACUAUCAGCGAGGAUGCGGUUGAGAGCAGGUUGCCGCUCACAAACCUCACGAGACAGUCUUCGAAAAACCUCCAGGACAUCGCAAGAUAUUCCUCCAAAACCUCGCGAACAUUCCUCCAAAACCUCGCGAACGUUCCUCCAAAACCUCCCCAAUGUUCCUCCAAAACCUCGCUAACGUUCCUCCGAAACCUCCCCAACAUUCCUCUCAGACCUCGCCCCAACAUUCCUCUCAAACCUCGCGCAACAGAACAUGCCACGACGUUCCUCCGAAACCUCAUUACAUAUUCCUCCCGUGGACUCGUGGGGUGUGGAGUAAGCGCUAUAGAGGACAGAGGUGUUCUUCAGUUCACAGAAGAGGAGGGCUACGGACCUCCCGAGGAAUGUGGUCAGAUGUUUGAAGAAAUAGGCAGGAGGCUCUUUCAGGAGGGACGUCUUAGAGAUAGGUUAACGCAGACCAAGAAACCCAGUCUGAAAGACCGUGGGAAGGUCUAA